GUGGUGAAAGAUUAUUCAAACUCUUUACUGAUAAUUUAGUAACGGCAUUUUUUUGUUGAUACCAUGCACAUAAAUAAAGUAGUUGCAAAGUUUGUAUGGUUUUCACCAGAUCCUUAUAAAAUGGUUUCACCAGAUUGGCUUUGCUUAAACCACAAUACAUAUUAAGUGAGUGCCCAAGGAAAUGUAUAAAGUAAACAAAGUCUAAAAUCUGAUAAUUGCCACGAGCCAAAAACUGCGAUAGCAAAACCGUGUGAAAGACUCCCGAACAAAAGUAAAAACACAAACAAACCCCGCGGCGUGCAAAAAACUAGAGUGGCGGAGCGGUGGUAAAAACUGAGCCAGUAGAUCCGAGAGGAUGCACUUUGGCCAGGAGGCGAGGCCAUCAUUGGGGCUCCUGGCUGUGGCUGAGUCGACCGCAACGGCAAGUUGAUGUUGCCCCCGUCCUGGCAUCUAAUUGGGGCCCUCCUCGUGCUCGCGGCAACAGCGGGGGACUCCACCAACAAGAUCAUCUUGCCGCAGAUUCUCAACGGCGGCGGCGUCGGGGGCAUCGGAAUCGCCUCGGGCAAACAUCCGUCCGGCUCCAAGACAGUGGCAGUUGGAGCGGUUCCAAGUCUCGUCGCUGGAGCAGGAGGAGCCGGAGGCGGAGGAGGAGCUGUGGCUGGCAGCGGCGGAACCGGCAGCACGGUGGUCGGGAGCAAUGGCGUGAUUGUGGCCGGAGGCGGGGCCAAUGUGCCGACCUCGAAUUUAAACAUUGUCGUCGAAGAACCCGAAUUUACUGAAUACAUCGAAAAUGUAACUGUACCUGCUGGACGUAAUGUUAAACUUGGUUGCUCCGUUAAAAAUCUGGGCUCAUAUAAGGUUGCCUGGAUGCACUUUGAGCAGUCCGCCAUCCUGACCGUUCACAAUCAUGUGAUCACGCGCAAUCCGCGCAUCAGUGUCACGCACGACAAGCACGACCGGCAUCGCACGUGGUAUUUGCAUAUAAACAACGUGCACGAGGAGGACAGGGGUCGGUAUAUGUGCCAGAUCAAUACGGUGACGGCCAAAACGCAGUUUGGCUACCUGAACGUUGUGGUUCCGCCCAACAUUGAUGACUCGUUGAGCUCCAGCGAUGUGAUUGUGCGAGAGGGCGCCAACAUUUCGCUGAGGUGUCGGGCGAGCGGCAGUCCCAGACCCAUUAUUAAAUGGAAACGCGAUGAUAACUCCCGCAUAGCCAUCAAUAAGAAUCACAUAGUGAACGAAUGGGAGGGCGACACCCUCGAGAUCACUCGCAUUUCCCGGCUGGACAUGGGCGCCUAUCUGUGCAUCGCCUCCAAUGGGGUCCCCCCCACGGUUUCCAAGCGCAUCAAAGUCAGCGUGGACUUUCCACCAAUGCUGCUUAUUCCCCAUCAAUUGGUUGGUGCUCCAGAAUAUUCCAACGUUACCAUCGAAUGCUUCACUGAGGCACAUCCCACAUCGCUGAACUAUUGGACACGUGGCGAGGGACCAAUCAUUCACGAUUCGCACAAGUACAAAGUUGAAGCUACAAUCGGAUUGCCAGCUUAUAAAACCCAUAUGAAGUUGACCAUCAUAAAUGUGAGCAGUGGAGAUGAUGGCAUUUACAAAUGUGUGGCCAAAAAUCCCAGAGGCGAAACGGACGGCAUUAUACGCUUGUAUGUGUCCUAUCCUCAAACUACUGCCUCAUCGGGUCUAUACUCCACCGAUUCACAUUGGGGAGAGAACGGGAUCAACAACAACUAUGCAUAUGGUGGCUCCGAUUCCACACGAUCCAUUUAUGCGCAGGAUAAAAAUACGCGGUAUCAAUCGAAUUUGAACGAAAUCGGUUUAUCUGAACAAAAAUCCUUCCUAGAUAAGACGCAGAAUCCGCUGUUGGCCAAUGGCAAUGCCAACGGGGCGGAUGCGGAAUCUAACGGAGGCCACAAAUCUUCGAUGGCCAUUGCGUGGCUGUUCGUCGUCAUCUCGACACUAUUGUUAACAAUCCAAACUGCGGUUGGUUCUAGCCUUAGCGUAAGUCUAUGUUAGUUAAUGCGAAUCUAGCUUAGAGUUACCUAUUUCACCUAAGUAUGGGAUAAGCUGUAAGGCUUCAUGUUAGCGAAUAAAGUAUAUACUAAAACAUAUAUGUGUAAUCGACUAGUCCCUAGUGAAACAGACCCUAAUUACGAUCCGCCCUUCCCUCAUAUAUAUUCCAAAAUAUGUAUAUGUGAAUAUACAGCUUGGACAGCAUAUGUAUAGCCAUCAAUCACAAAACCCUUAGACGGGAGUCUAUAUACACUCACAUUCGCAUCUAUGUCUAGGAGGUACGACAAACCAACCAAAGGGUAAAUGCAAUUUCAUUUUGCUUUCAAUGCUGUGCUUUCAACUGAGAACGUUUCAUAGUUAUCAACUUAACAAACCACGGUCUAUAUAAAUAUGCAUAUACAUCUAUAUAUUCGUGCGUUAAACGCUGCUGACUCACACUUGCAUAUAAGAUUACACUUAAUUAUAUAAUUAUGCAUAUGCCUUAAGGAUUGCAAGCUGAAAUGCAAAAUAAACUUAACAUAAGACACCACACAUAUCGAUCAUCGAAAUUGUUUAAGUAAUCCAAAAAUACCGAACCACAUAUAUAUAUAUAUUAUUUUUUUGAGUUCAGGGAAACAAGCGGCGAUUUAAUUUAUUUCGACUUUUAGUGG